UUAAUGAAGCACAUUGAUACAGUUCAUUUGAAAAUAAAAGAUCAAAAAUGCGGAGAGUGUGGAAAGUCUUUUGGUUAUAAAAAUGAUCUGAUGAAGCACAUUGAUACAGUUCAUCUGGAACUCAAAGAACACAUGUGUGAGGAAUGUGGAAAGUCUUUUGGUCAAAAAAGUAACUUACAUAAACACAUUGCUGCAGUACAUAAAAAAAUCAAAAAGCACAAUUGCGGAGAGUGUGGCAAGUCUUUUGGAAAAAAUCAGACUUUAAUGAAGCACAUUGAUACAGUUCAUUUGAAAAUAAAAGAUCAAAAAUGCGGAGAGUGUGGAAAGUCUUUUGGAUGUAAGAAAAAUCUGAUGAGCCACAUAGAUGCAAUUCAUUUGAAAUUAAGAGAAAAUAUUUGUAAAGAAUGUGAGAAAUCUUUUAGUGUUAAAAGGAACCUGAAUCGACACAUUGCCACAGUUCAUGAAAAAAUUAAAGAUCACAAAUGCGAAGAGUGUGGUAAACUUUUUGGACAAAAGGAUCAGUUACUAUUUCAUAUGGAUGCAGUUCAUUUGAAACUUAAAGAACACAAGUGCGGAGAAUGUGAAAAGUCUUUUGGUAUAAAAAGUGCUUUGAAUAGACACAUUGCCGCAGUUCAUGAAAAAAUUAAAGAUCACAGAUGCUUCGAAUGCGACAAGUCUUUCGGACAAAAGGGUCAUUUAAUGCAGCACAUAGAUGCAGUUCAUUUGAAACUUAAAGAACACAAGUGCGGAGAAUGUGAAAAGUCUUUUGGUACAAAAAAUGCUUUGAAUAGACACAUUUCUUCAGUUCAUGAAAAAAUCAAAGAUUACAAAUGCGAAGAGUGUGGCAAAUUUUUUGCACAAAAAAUUCAUUUGUUUAGACACAUAGAUGUUAUUCAUUUGAAAUUAAAGAACACUAAUGCAAAGAAUGUGGCAAGUCAUUUGGACUUAGAAGUGAUGUGAUUAAGCUCAUUGAAGCAAUAAUAAAACAACACAUUUCAAUAAUAAAACAAUACAUUUGUAACGAUUGUGGAAAAGCUUAUAGUUGACAUAAGGAUUUGAAAAGACACGUAGAUGCAGUAAAUCGAAAAAUCAAUAAUUACUCACAAUGUUUUUCGAUUCUCUUGCAUUUUGUAUAUAUACCGGAAGUGCCAGUGUUUUGAGAAACGAUUAAUUCGCGUGAAUGAUUCAUUCGUUUUGAUACCUAACAUCUUUACCUCUUCCAAAUCAUUUUUAAUAGCUUGAAAAUGACGACAAAUUCAUCCUCGCAUUUGGAUUCAGCUACUUGAAGAACACAAAAGUAUACUAUUGUAG